AUGGAUAUCGCUGACACAUUAUUAGGAGGGCUCGCGAGCGGAGAUAGCGCAGCUGGAGAAGUCCUCAUCCCUGACGCGGCUGCAGCAAUGAAACGUGAUCAGGACUCCACGGAUGACUUUGAACAUUUAGAUCGUGAAGGAAAACGCGAUGAACCCGAAGAGUCACCGCUACAUAGUGUACAUACUGCUGCGCGACAUGCUAGUCAAAGCUUCCUUGACAAUGAACGUGACGAAUUCGUAGACACACCUCGUGCGCCCUCCGUCGCUGAAAAAGCUGAGCAUUUAGCUGACAAGUUUACUGACAGCGAAUCCGACGCUGAUACUGCAGGAGAAUCCCCUUUACAUCGACCCGAACUUCUAAAACCUAGUGCGCCAACUCCUGAGCCUCCCGCUCCCGUCAUCCAUGACCCUACUCCAGUCCUCGCCCCUACCCCGGCAGCCGCACCGGUGGUAGCGCCCGAACCCAUUGUAGAGCCUAAGCCUGGGCCGAAAGCCGAAGCGGCAGUGCCACCUAAGCCGGCAGAGCCGAAAGCUGAACCUCCGCCGCAACCGAAGCCCGAGCCUGUGCAGCCGAAGCCAGAUCCUCCUAGUGCCAAGCUUGCCGCAAUCGAUAGCAAGCCGGAGCCGCGCGCCCCGACUGCACAUGUGAUCGAGGCGGAGGUCAUCUUCUGCCAGAUGGGACUUGUUGGAAGUGCGAGGGGUUGGCGGGCGGACGCUGUAGGUAAGAGUUGCGCCUGCAGAGGUGUCGGAGCUGGCGAAGCGGCAAGAGCGUUGACCGCUGCAGCGGUCGUGGCGCACGCCGCCACCGUCUCGCGCCUAAGC